AUGGACGCGCGCGGGGGCGGCGGGCGGCCCGGGGAGAGCCCGGGCGCGACCCCCGCGCCUGGGCCGGCGCCGCCGCCGCCGCCCGCGCCCCCUCCGGGUCCCGGGCCCGCGCCCCUCCAGCAGUCGGCCCGAGCCGAGGCGGCGCCCCCGGAGGCGGCGGACGAGGACGGCCCGCGGGCCCGGCUCCGCAGCCGCGACAGCUCGUGCGGCCGCCCGGGCACCCCGGGCGCCGCGAGCACGGCCAAGGGCAGCCCUAAUGGAGAGUGCGGGCGCGGCGAGCCGCAGUGCAGCCCCGCGGGGCUCGAGGGCCCGGCGCGGGGGCCCAAGGUGUCGUUCUCGUGCCGUGGGGCGGCCGCGGGGCCGGGGCCGGCGGACGAGGCCGGCAGCGAGGAGGCGGGCCCGGCGGGAGAGCCGCGCGGCAGCCAGGCCAGCUUCAUGCAGCGCCAGUUCGGCGCGCUCCUGCAGCCGGGCGUCAACAAGUUCUCGCUGCGGAUGUUCGGCAGCCAGAAGGCCGUAGAGCGCGAGCAGGAGCGCGUCAAGUCGGCGGGGGCCUGGAUCAUCCACCCGUACAGCGACUUCAGGUUCUACUGGGACUUCACCAUGCUGCUGUUCAUGGUGGGAAACCUCAUCAUCAUCCCGGUGGGCAUCACCUUCUUCAAGGACGAGACCACGGCCCCCUGGAUCGUGUUCAACGUGGUCUCGGACACGUUCUUCCUCAUGGACCUGGUGCUGAACUUCCGCACGGGCAUCGUGAUCGAGGACAACACCGAGAUCAUCCUGGACCCCGAGAAGAUCAAGAAGAAGUACCUGCGCACAUGGUUCGUGGUGGACUUUGUGUCCUCCAUUCCCGUGGACUACAUCUUCCUCAUCGUGGAGAAAGGCAUCGAUUCCGAGGUCUACAAGACGGCACGCGCCCUGCGCAUCGUGCGCUUCACGAAGAUCCUCAGCCUGCUCCGCCUGCUGCGCCUGUCGCGCCUCAUCCGCUACAUCCACCAAUGGGAGGAGAUCUUCCACAUGACCUACGACCUGGCGAGCGCGGUCAUGCGCAUCUGCAACCUCAUCAGCAUGAUGCUGCUGCUGUGCCACUGGGACGGCUGCCUGCAGUUCCUGGUGCCCAUGCUGCAGGACUUCCCGCGCAACUGCUGGGUGUCCAUCAACGGCAUGGUGAACCACUCGUGGAGCGAGCUCUACUCCUUCGCGCUCUUCAAGGCCAUGAGCCACAUGCUGUGCAUCGGGUAUGGACGGCAGGCGCCAGAGAGCAUGACUGACAUCUGGCUGACGAUGCUGAGUAUGAUCGUGGGCGCCACCUGCUACGCCAUGUUCAUCGGCCACGCCACCGCCCUCAUCCAGUCACUAGACUCUUCGAGGCGCCAGUACCAAGAGAAGUACAAGCAGGUGGAGCAGUACAUGUCCUUCCACAAGCUGCCUGCCGACUUCCGCCAGAAGAUCCACGACUACUACGAGCACCGCUACCAGGGCAAGAUGUUCGACGAGGACAGCAUCCUGGGCGAGCUCAACGGGCCCCUGCGGGAGGAGAUUGUCAACUUCAACUGCCGGAAGCUGGUGGCCUCGAUGCCACUGUUUGCCAAUGCUGACCCCAACUUUGUCACGGCCAUGCUGACCAAACUCAAGUUCGAGGUAUUCCAGCCAGGUGACUACAUCAUCCGUGAGGGCACCAUUGGUAAGAAGAUGUACUUCAUCCAGCACGGUGUGGUCAGCGUGCUCACAAAGGGCAACAAGGAGAUGAAGCUGUCCGAUGGCUCCUAUUUUGGGGAGAUCUGCCUGCUGACGCGGGGCCGACGCACAGCCAGUGUUCGGGCCGACACCUACUGCCGCUUAUACUCGCUCAGCGUGGACAACUUCAACGAGGUGCUGGAGGAGUACCCCAUGAUGCGGCGGGCCUUUGAGACGGUGGCCAUCGACCGCCUGGACCGCAUCGGCAAGAAGAACUCCAUCCUGCUGCACAAGGUCCAGCAUGACCUCCACUCGGGGGUGUUCAACAACCAGGAGAAUGCCAUCAUCCAGGAGAUCGUCAAGUACGACCGUGAGAUGGUGCAGCAGGCCGAGCUGGGCCAACGCGUCGGCCUCUUCCCGCCGCCGCCACCGCCGCAGGUCACCUCGGCCAUUGCCACGCUUCAGCAGGCGGUGGCCAUGAGUUUCUGCCCGCAGGUGGCGCGCCCGCUAGUGGGGCCGCUGGCGCUUGGCUCGCCGCGCCUUGUGCGCCGCCUGCCCCCGGGGCCCGCUCCCGCUGCCACCGCCUCACCGGGGCCCGCUCCUGCUGCCACCGCCUCACCGGGGCCCGCACCAGCUGCCAGCCCCCCGGGUGCGCCCGCCAGUCCCCGAGCGCCGCGGACUUCGCCCUAUGGCGGCGCGCCUAGCCCUCCAGCUGGGCCCCGCGCAGGGCCCGCGCUGCCAGCGCGCCGCCUGAGCCGCGCCUCGCGCCCGCUCUCUGCCUCGCAGCCCUCGCUGCCCCACGGCGCCCCUGGGCCCGGCCCCGCAGCCUCAGCGCGUCCGGCCAGCAGCUCCACGCCACGCCUGGGGCCCGCGCCCGCAGCCCGGGCCGCUGCGCCCAGCCCGGACCACAGGGACUCGGCCUCGCCUGCUGCCGCUGGAGGCCUCGACCCGCUGGACUCUGCGCGCUCUCGCCUCUCGUCCAACUUGUGACCCUCGCUGCGCCGCCCCGCGGGCCCGGGUGGGCCAGGGGCGGGGCCUUCAUCCAGACCAAAGCCAUGCCAUUGCGCGCUGCCCCGGCUGCCCGCCCCAGAAGCCAUAGAGGAGUCGCAGGUAGUUGUAGUUGGACGGGCGGGCCGGCUGGCGGGGCAGCCCCUUCCGAGUCCCCGCCAUUCCCCCUCAUCACCCUGCGCCCACCCACAUCACCCCUACCCACAGGGGUGGCCUCGCAAGUGUGCGAGGGGGCUCCCUUCACCUCGGUGCCUCAGUUCCCCCAACUGUGAAAAGGGGAUGGGGCCACCCUGUGGCCGAGAGGAGAUGGCUGUGGAGUCCUGCCCGCCCCCACCCUCUUAGGUGGCCCUCCGUCCGAUGAGGAUUCUGUUUAAGUGCAAUACUUGGCCCGCCGGCUUCCCGCUCCCUCCAUCGCGCUCAUGCAAUAACCGGCCCGGCCCCUGUCCAUGCGCGCCCCAGUGACCUUCCUAGAGCCGGCACACACAGCGCCCUCCAGUGCCUGGCACCCAGGGGCUGGCAGUCCCGGCUGUGCAGGGGUGUGGGGGCGAGGCUGGGGGUCCCCGCCUUCGUGAUGAAUGUACUGACAAGUCAAGGCAGCAGAACCCCCACCACGCCCCCCAUGCCCCACUAACCCCCACAUCCCCAUUCCGCGCAAUAAACGACAGCAUUGGCGCCCA